GGCCCUAGGGGAGGUUCGUAUAAAAAUACUUAAAACCUUUCUAGUAGGGUAUAGAGGGUAAGAGUUUUAUCUUGUUGUAGGUGUGCCAGAUGCCGUGGAAGCGCCCGAAAGGGUGGCCGGGACCUCGGCCAUACCGCUGUUUGGCUCAGUUCGUAGUGAAGAGUGACUGGGAGAUCCACAGAGCUAAUGCGCAUGAUACCACCGUGGCCUGCGGGGUGGGCAAUUGCCCCCAGUUAUUCGCCCCUAACAAAGCCGAGGAGCUUGCCCUCCAUCGGCAUAGGCACGUCGUCGUGAGUGAGGCCGAGGGGGAACCUCCUAAGAAGAGGAAGAGGUCAGAGCCAGCAGAACCAGAAGCGAUCCCUGAGGCGAGAGUGAGGAGUUUGGUCGGCAGUGAAGACCCCAUGCUAGCAUCUUGGUCGAACCAGUUUACGGAGGCGGAGGAGGCAGCCCUGUUAGAAGGGCCGGACGUCCCAUUGGAAGAGUUGGCAGAGUUAGACGUUACAGAGUUACUGAACUACUUAUAGACGUUGAUGAGUUCUAAUACAUACAGAUACAUUUGAACAUUGAUAGCAUUAAUGGGUUCUGAUACAGACAAAUAACUCUGGACAUUAACACGCAACAGUCUAGUGAUUACAGUGUCUAUAGUAGUGUUUUCUUUCUGUUUUUGGUCUGAAGAAUGAAUACAUUGUUAUACCCUUAAAUUCUUACUUUCUGUGAUUAUGGCACUAUUAAUUGUUGCUAUCUUGUGAUAACAAUGAUGAUCUUAUUUUUGCGGUUGAGGACAACCAUUAAUUUUUAAGAAGGGGGUAGUUGUAGAGACCCACCCUGUAUAUAGCUAUUUAUAAUAUCAUAUUUAAUAAGUGUGUGCCCCUUUAAUAUCUAUAAUCAGUAUCUAAUCACAUCAUGUCCCUUUAACAUGAUCAUUUCAUU